AUGACGAAAAAUGAGGUUCCAGCAUAUGUCCUUGGUGUCGGGCUGACCAAGUUCAUCAAGCCUCGACAGACCCGCGCAUAUCCGGAAAUGGGCUAUGAAGCGGGUGUGAAAGCAAUGCUGGACGCACAAAUCAAUUAUGAUGAGGUUGAGACUGGUGUUGCGUGUUACUGUUAUGGCGACACCACGAGUGGCCAAAGGAUCUUCUACCAGUUCGGCAUGACGGGUAUCCCUAUCUACAACACGAACAAUGCAUGCGCUACCGGCUCAACUGGACUGCAUCUGGCGCGAACACUGAUCAAGAACGGAGCAGUUGACUGCGCGAUGGUCAUUGGAUUUGAACAGAUGCAACCAGGAUCCAUCAAAUCGGCAUGGAGUGACCGACCCUCUCCUAUGGGGCUCUCGAUGCGUAUGAUGGCCGAUACGCGCGGUAUAAGCAACUCUCCACCCAAUGCUCAAUACUUCGCCAAUGCCGGUCUUGAGUACAUGGAGAAGUAUGGCGCCGAGGCGCGUGACUUCGCUGAGAUUGCAAGAAUCAGCCAUGAACACAGCCAAAAGAACCCCUACGCGCAGUUCAGGGAUGUGUACACACUUGAACAGAUCGAGAAGGCUCCUAUGAUUCACUUCCCGUUGACCAAACUCCAAUGCAGCCCGACAAGCGAUGGCGCGGGUGCGGCGGUCAUCGUGAGCCAGAAAUUCUUGGACGCGAGGCCACACCUGAAGAGUCAAGCUAUCCUCAUCGCAGGCCAAUCGUUGAUGACAGAUUCACCACAGCUCUACUCCAAGUCAUCGAUGGAUCUCGUCGGCUACGACAUGACCAAGCGCGCGGCGCAAGCAGCUUUGAAGGAGGCUGGCGUCAACGCAAAAGACAUCAAAGUUGCAGAGUUGCAUGACUGCUUCUCAGCCAAUGAACUCAUUCUACUGGAAGGCUUGGGCUUCAGCGAGCCCGGAAAAGCACACAUGAUGGUACGCAAUGGCGACAUCACAUACGGCGGCAAGGGUCCGAUCGUCAACCCAUCAGGCGGUCUUAUUAGCAAAGGACAUCCUCUCGGUGCAACAGGACUCGCACAAUGUGCGGAAUUGACAUGGCAGCUUCGUGGCUGGGCCAACAACCGACUUGCUGAAGGGGCCGACGCUGCGCUGCAGCACAACCUCGGCUUGGGUGGAGCUGUUGUCAUCAACGUCUACAAACGUGCGGAUGGCCAGAAAAAUGCAAAGAUGAGUGAUGAAGAAGUGAAGAAAGCGAGUCAAUUCUCCUACAACCCGGCUGUGGAGGCGCGCUACGUGACCAAGCAGGACGGAGAAAAGGUCAGGAGCAAGACUGUCGCAAGCGAGUACGCUUUGGGCGAUACGCUGGAGAAGAUUCAAAGUCGGUUGUAG